AUGGAUCAAGAGGUACCCCUUCCUCCGCUACGGAGCAUUCGUCACAGAUCACCCGCCAAAGCUCCCGAGCACCUAUUUCGUAAACCCACAAGACUCUCAUCGCGACUGAGCCAGUCUAGCCUCCCCUCCAGUGAUCCUGCACUUUUCUCAAGCGACGACAUCCCAUCAUCAUCACUGGAGAACUACAAUGGACAGCAAAUCGAGCCCUCACGAAAGCGACGCUAUCGCGGCACCUGGUGGGGGGAAAUGGCCAAGGAAGUGAAACGGAAGAGAGCCGAUUUUAAGGAAAAGAGAAACAUGGAUAGUGGUGUCUGGAUGGGUAGUGAUGAGUCUUCAUCGGACUGUCUUCUUUCGUCGGAAGCCUCGUCAUGUGAGGAUUUCAUGGCACGCGCUUGGGCUGGACAGAACCAAGAUGCAGAACAGAAAUUUACAGCUGAGAUAACCGAAACGCAAAACGACAACCAAGAUGGUCAGAUUGCCGGGCCUGUAUUUGCUGCGCGAAAUAUACGGAAUGCGGAGGAGUCGCAAGUACACAGAGAUGCUCGAGCAAUGGUGAAUGAAUGUCUCGAGAAAGGCCAAGAGAGCGUUGACCUAAGUAACUUCGGUUUAAAAAACAUUCCGACAGACUUGCUCCGACCCUUGCUACACCUCACAAAACAACUGGCAGUAGCCGACGGACCCGUCACCGAUGAAAUAUUUACAUCAUUAACGCCCUCUCUUCGACUAUUUCUGUCAGGAAACUCCCUAAAGGAGUUGACGUCUGAAAUAUUUGAGCUGGGCAACCUCAACGUGUUGAGCGUACGGAAUAACGAGCUUGUCGAGAUCCCAGGGGCCAUUCGCAAAUUGACGAGCCUACAAGAGAUUAAUCUUUCCGUGAACCAACUCACCACAAUACCAUGGGAAAUACUGUGGUUGAUCCGGAAAGGGGACUUGAAACAACUGACUGUUCAUCCAAAUCCGUUUUUGUCAAUUGAAAAAGUAACAGCAGAUAUUGAACGUUGGCACCAUGGAAAUGGGUCCGGGGGAGAUCUUCGGUCGUGCGAAUACGACGGACCGAUACCAGUGGAGGCAUGGGCGCCAAUUCAUAUUGCAACUAGCCAUAUACAACGUUUUGACACAGAGGGCAAACUCGUCUCAAAUACGAAAACAUUCGGCAAGCCCCAGAAUCCUUCUAUCCAAACUCAAGCGAGCAGAGUCCCAUCAUUACGAGAACUGGCGCUCCUCGCAUGCAACAAAGCCCCGUAUCUAGAUCAAUUCCUUGCAGACGAUGAGACCUUGACGGAAUACCCAAAACCUGUGAUUCAGUUACUACAAAAAGCAGUUUCUGUUCGAAAUGCCGGUGGCAUGUCCUGCUCCGUGUGUCAUCGCAGUUUUGUGAUUCCGCGCACACAAUGGAUCGAAUGGUGGGACUGUGCUACAUAUGAGAAUGGAUUGAAAUUUCCACGUGCAUCGGGUGCGGAGUUGCGUCCAUUGCCAUUUUUGCGCAAGGGUUGUAGUUGGGGGUGCGUCCCGAACGUCGAGUGA